CAACGUUCGGUGUAACAUUUGUUGUCACCAGAAAGGGUGCAGCACCAACAAAAGUGCCUUCACCAUGUUUUCUGUGCUCCUUUGGGCCUGUCUUGCGACACUGAUCAUCUUCAGUCCUACAACAUGCACCAUCUCCAAGGAGAAGGCGCCUUGUGAUCUGGAGGUGCAAGAUGUUGCUCUGUUACAAGGUCGUUCGCGAUCCUCAAGGUCAAGACGCGACGUUGAUGACAUUGACGUUCAUGAAGUCAUCCAUCUGCACAACCAGGUCCGGGCCGGUGUCUCGCCGUCCGCCAGCAACAUGAAAUUCAUGUCCUGGGACGCGGGCCUUGCGGAGAAGGCUCAGGACUUCGCGGAGCAGUGUAAGGGUGGACACAACCCCGACCUGUCCUUCAUCGGGCCAGGCUACACCACGGUCGGGGAGAACAUCUACAUCACCACGGCAGACAAGCUCAACUGGUUCGACGCUAUAGGCGUGUGGGCAGACGAGGUCGCCGACUACGACAUCUACAACGACACGUGCAAGGAGGGGAAGGCGUGCGGGCAUUACACACAGGUGGUGUGGGCGGACAGCUAUCAGCUCGGCUGUGGCGCCACCAAGUGCGACAGCCUGGAGAGCAUGGGGCUGACUGACGCCAUACUGGUCGUCUGUAACUACGGACCCAGAGGCAACUACGUUGGUCGGAAACCGUACAUAAUGGGAGAACGCUGUGCAGAAUGCAGCCAGGGAGACAACUGCUCCAUGGGCAGCCUCUGUAGUAACCCGUUCCGAGACUCGGCCUCCAGCUGUGUGUCCGUCCACCCGGUGUUACUGACGGUCUGUGCCGUCAUGGGGCUGCUGCUCUGGGCUUAGGACAGGUCAUGCCCGGCGGAAAACACCCGAUACCAUGGCCUAUUAUAUGGGCAAUAUACGUGUAUAUCAUAUAAGGUUCAUAUCAAACCUGUUCGUACGGUAAAAAUCGUACCUUAUCACUAGUAUUAUGAUUUUGAAAUCUAG